AGAAAAGUCUGUGUCGAUUUGAUUUUUGACAAUGAAUGAACUUGAAAUGUGUGACGAACGAUCGCUGAGUUGUCAACAAAGAAAUUCAGUUUUAUAUAAGACGACAUGUCCAAAGAGAUUAUUGCUCGUGUGCAUAUCAUCUUAAAACUGAGGACAUUCGGAACAACACUUUUGCUCACACAGCUGAGUUUGUGCUUCUUUUUUUUUCAUUCAAAAGGAAACUCUCGAGAAAGAGGGCAGAGAGGGCAUCCAUAAGGCCAUGUACUCACUCCUUUCCUGGGUCCUGGAGCAGAGCAGAUCCACCAUCCAGGCCUUCUGGAGCAACUUGUCCAAAGACUACAACCUUGACAGCUACACCAAGCUGCAGACGCUGCUGACAAACUCGCAGCUGAGUAUGUAGUGUUCAGUUUUCACCAAAAUGAUAUGAAUUACACCACACAGACCAAACUGGAUAAAAGACUUGACUUUGGUAUAACAGUGUGGCCUAUAUACUUCCGUACAUAUCAAAUUUUUAUGUCAUUUUUGAGCUCAAUUAAUUGAUACAUUUGUAAAAAAUCAAACAAAAAAAAAAAGCUUAUUUUCUUUAUAAAAUGUAUCUAAAUAACCAUCUAGAGCUAGAACAUUUCUACUACAUGUCCACAUUAUUUCAAACUUUCCCUUUAUCUCAGGACAAAGUUGUUACUUUAGAUAUAAUUAUUUUGUCCUUAUUUUAUUGCCAUUUGGCUGACAGGACAGGAUUCUGCAGGUUCCAGCUGUGAGAAAAAAUCCUCUGGUGUCCACAAAAUAUCUCACAGCAAGAAAAGGAGUCAUGAGGACAGAGGCACCAAGUCUCACAAUCAACAUCUACAGUAUCAUGCCAAGACAAGCAACGGAGCAGGUCACUUCUCGUGAUACCUCUGACGACAAAGAAAUAUAAUGUAAUCGAAGACCUUAUUUUCCAUUUGAAAUAGAAAAGUUGGUGAUGAAAACAUGUGCUUUUGAUUUUUUUCCUGCAGGGAGUAAAGUGAAGUUAUUCAGACUGAAGAGUGAAACUACAGCCCAACAGAUAACAUCUGAAAAUGGUUAAAAACACGACUCAUAUGUUAAAGAUAAACCUCUAAUACAGCAGAUAAAUUCAUAAUCUUUGUUUCUUCUUAGGUCGUUCAAGUGAGGGAUCAGCUGCUCUGUCUUUCUCCUCCUCUGGUUCCUUAUCGAACCUACAAAGCAGCCAUGAAGCCAGAGAAAAGACGCCCAUUGUUCAAAUGUUUGACUCAAAUGUUAAGAGUUUAGGUGAGUGUCUGUGUCUCUCAGUUUCAAAUAUAAAAUAUUUCUAAAAUCUGAGUCAGUGUGUGUUUUGGACUAGUCUUGAUCUUAAGUAUUUCUGAUUCAACAGGACCUGCCAUAAAGUGUAUCAAAGUUGGGGAGGAGUUUUACUCUGGUGGUCAGUCAGAGGAGAUGAAUGACAAUGGAGAGGGGACGUUUCACCACAAGGGGGAGACAAACACUUGUGUGGUAAAGACUCGGCUCAGUCACAGUCAACUAUAUGUCCUUGUGUUUGUUUUUUUUAAGUGUAUUAUUUGGGUUGGCUCCCUGUUCAGGUUCAUUAUAACGAUGAUGAGUGUGCGGUGUGUAAAGACGGGGGUGAGCUCAUCUGUUGCGAUGGAUGUCCCCGGGCUUUUCACCUGACCUGCCUCCACCCUCCACUCAUAUCCAUACCAAGGUAAAAAUCAACAAUGUUUUAGUCUUUCUGUUUCAGCUGUUAUAUUAAAAUAAGUGAGAUAAACGAUGAUUAAUGUGUCUUAGUGUUGUGUUAUUCGCGAAUGAUUUGUUCAAAAGAACCAAAUCUUUUAAGUGAACAUACUGAACAUCACUUCCACAAGUGAUUCGUUCGUUUCUCACUUAAGUUGAGCUGAAGUGAGAAAUAGUAUUGCCAGUCGAGCAGCCGGCGAAUGAGGGACCACAUGCACCAACUCCUGAAUCACUUGGUGAACGAUUCACGCAUUGAACUACACUCUCUGGAAUCAUUUUUGUCAGACAAAACUACCUUUUUUUCCCCCCUUCUAAAUUGCCACCACAACAACUUGCAUACAAUAGGACACAGCAUGUAACAAGUAGUGCAUUGAACCCGCAGCAUCCUAUCAUUGCAGCGGUUUGUGAGGAAACGGUGCAUGUUCAGUGUAAAUUCUUCUAAGUGAACGAAUCACUCACUGAGCCCAGUUUACAGAGCAGACCUGAUAAAUAGCAUACCAUAGGACAGUCCACUUAAAACAUUGUGACUUAUAAACAAGUUCAUUUUUACAAAACUUUCUCAGGCUUCUCCCACCAAGCGCAACAUGAUUCGGUGAUUUGGUGAACGAAUCUGAUUCUAGUGAUUCAGUACAUCUAAAAGAACUGCCGUGCCCAUCACUAAUGUGUCUGUUUUUUUUUGUAUAUGAGCAAAUGUAUGUUGUACAUUUUCUAGAAAUUAAGUUUUUGCGCCAUAUUCAAUUGAAAAUUUGCAGUGGUCCGUGGCAAUGUGAGUGGUGCUGUGGAAGCAGAGUGAAAAGAGAGAAAACCCAACUACCUUUGCAAGUAAGUAUCUGAGGGAAGAUUGUACGAGAGACUUUAUAUUUUUCAUGCUUUUUUAUUUUGCCUCUAACCUUGACGAAACUUUCUUUAUGCAAAUGUACUAUACUGCAAGACUAUCAAAUACUGAUUAUCUUGAUCACCAUCAUAAUGUUCUGUACUCACAGCCAAUCAUUGCUCAGCCUCUGCAAACAAACACAAGCUCCAGUUCCUCCAUCACAGACUCCUCGCUCUUCUCCUCACUGUCCUCCUCAUCUUCUCACACCGCUGCCACAACCUCUAUGAUCAACCCUGGUGGAAGAAACCCCCAGGUAAAGGUUUGGUGAUUUCUUGUUUUUGUAAAAUGAAAUCUGCUUCAGUCUUUUUGCACAUUUUGUGUCACUGUUUCUUGCCAUAAUAGCUCUGUUCAGAUUCAGAUACUUCACAAACUGUUGAUUAGUACUCAGGUGGAGAGUUAGUGAGUAUGAGGGAGGUUUGUGGAGUGUGUCACCUUGGAGGAGGAGGAGACCUGACCCGCUGCCUCCAGUGUCUGCAGCAUUUCCACUUGCACUGCCACUUUUCCAAGUAAGACAUCCAUCCCUCACCUCUUCUGCAACUUAAACUGUUAGUUACAAACUCUUAAUGGCAAACUUGUUUAUAUAUUUGUUUAACACCAAGUUACUACAAACUGAGACUUUGGCUGAGCAUAAACAUUUGUGGCUUCUAAAUGUGUAUUUGAUUGUGCUGUAAUAAAUAUUGUUAUGCCACUCAACAUUAAAACAAGCAAGACGCCACCACUAUGAACGAUAAAGAGUCUGAUCACCCUCAAUAAAUGUGCUUGUUUGUCAGAGGGAGAUCAAUCUGCUUGUCCUGCUCAAAGUCCUGGGUAAGCUCUGCAGAGCAGGACUCUGAUUCCCGAGGUGUACAGGUCUGCAUAAACACUCUGCAAGUUUACAGACAUAUAUGCACAUUUGUUAAUUGAAUAUAACAGAGUGUAAUCUAUGGAAUCUGUCACUAUAUGUGUGUGAAUACAGCUCCCCCAAGUGGUUCAAAACACGCUUUGUCAUGGUCAGAGCGCCUCUCCCCAUGAUCCCACCCUCCAUAAGGAUGAGCUGGACUCUAUUCUGGGAGACGUGAGUGAGGCUCAGUUUUGUAUUUGUACGCAGAUAUGAAAGAAAAAAAACAAACACACCUGUGGUUUUUAAUAGUCUCCUGUCCUGGUGAGAACGCAGCUUCAUAGAGUUUAGUUGGGGAUGUUCCUGAGAAAAAACAGCCUGAAGACGAGAAAAAUCCACUGUUGUCAUUUUUGAUCUGUGAGAAUAGGAGAAUAAACACCUUUUCAACAUAUCAACCACAAAAAAAAAAUAAAAUAAAAUAAAAUAAAUAAAUAAAUAAGAAUUAUUUCAGUCAGUUCUCUUGUAACAUUUCAUAAUCCAAAUUAUUUAAUACUAGAAAUGUUGGAAAGUUGUAUUUGUGUCGUAAUAACCAGCUUGGUUAUUUUGAGAUAAGUGCUGGCAUGUAUGAAUUGAUAGCAUCUCAUGAGUGGAAAAAUGAAUUAAUAAGAAAAUGUUCUGAUUUAACCUGAUAAAUCUCUUUAUCCACAUGAGAAUCUGGUAAAGAUUAUUGUCCGUGCAUUCUUCAUGUCGAUACCGUCACGUGUUGACCAUGUGACGGUCGACAGUGCAUCCACUCAUCUUGCAGUAUUUCUGUUUUCUGUCUUUCAUCUCUCAGCAGGGCUCCAUUGAUGGUAUCUUCCAGUGGGCUUUCCACAACAUGGCCCGUCCUCUUUUAGACUCUCAAGGAUGCUUCCAGUGACAGAUGAGGACCAGUCUUGCUCUUACUGAGAAGACUCACAGUUUGAAGUUACGGAAACAAAGAAAAUGGAAAAUAUUUUGACUCUGCUUAGCGCCAAAUAUGAUUAAAACUUGAGAAAUGACAUUCUUGGGAUCAACACAACGGAACUGGUCCAAUCAGUGCAUAUUUGCUAGGGUUAAAGUCUGACUUUUAGCGAUGCUAUUUAUACUUUAUCCUCAAUGACUUGGCAGUCUGAA